UAGCGGAAGUGGCGGAACACACCGGCAACAUCGUCAUGUGUGGUUGUUAGGCCGCGUCGCACGUUGCUAGUUAGUUGCAAUGUUGUAGCUAUUAGCACGACAGCCGCUCCUCCGUGGAAGGCAAAGCUGCUCCACAGUUAGUUCGUACCGACUUUCAGUAGCCGCGUGUCCGGUGGGAAAUAGCCGCACAGCGAGCUCGGUGUCUCGGCUUCGCCCUCCCUCGCUAGCAUACCCAGCUUGCUAGCUAGCGGCUAGCAUCAGACCGUCUCCCCCGUCGGUACGAACCGUGUCCUGGCCAGCCGGAGGACCAUGGCGAUGAGACAGACUCCUCUCACUUGCUCCGGUCACACCCGGCCUGUGGUGGACCUGGCCUUCAGUGGAAUCACUCCUUACGGCUACUUCCUGAUCAGCGCCUGCAAGGAUGGCAAGCCCAUGUUGCGCCAGGGAGACACAGGGGACUGGAUAGGAACGUUUCUGGGUCACAAGGGCGCUGUCUGGGGAGCCACUCUGAACACAGACGCCACCAAAGCUGCCACCGCCGCCGCUGACUUCACAGCAAAGGUGUGGGACGCUGUGAGCGGAGACGAGGUCCUCUCGCUGGCACACAAACAUAUUGUGAAGACUGUCAACUUCACUCAGGACAGCAACUGUCUGCUGACGGGAGGAAACGACAAAUUGCUGCGCCUAUAUGAUCUGAGCAACCCUGAUGCAGCUCCACAGGAGAUUUCAGGUCACACCUCAGCCAUAAAAAAGGCUCUGUGGUGCAACGAUGACAAACAGAUCCUCUCUGCUGCUGAGGACAAAACCAUCCGGCUCUGGGACAGGAGCUCCAUGGAGGAGGUGAAAACCCUGACGUUUGACACGUCAGUGAGCAGCAUGGAGUACGUGGCUGAUGGACAGAUUCUUGUGAUCACAUACGGAAAGACCAUCGCGUUCUACAACGCUCUGAGCUUGGAAUUGAUCAAGACUGUGGAGGCCCCGGCGUCCAUCAACUCAGCCUCGCUGCACCCAGAGAAGGACUUCUUUGUUGCUGGUGGUGACGACUUCAAGCUCUACAAAUUUGACUACAGCACCAAGGAAGAACUGGAGUCCUAUAAGGGUCACUUCGGUCCCGUGCACUGUGUUCGCUUCAGUCCUGACGGGGAGCUGUACGCCAGCGGCUCUGAGGACGGCACGCUCCGACUGUGGCAGACGGCGGUGGGAAAAACCUACGGCCUGUGGAAGUGUGUCCUUCCUGAGGACCUGGGGACAGAGAGCGCUGAGCAGCUGUACGCCUCCACCCCUGAGAUCAAAGCCUGAGGACGAAGCGCCACAUCUGGAACCCUGACGACAUCGAUCGGAGCACAGUCCAGGGCAUCUUCAUCCAUCGGGAGCUGAUGUGGAUACUAAGACUGGCCUGUCUGUCAGACCAACAGUCCCGCACACCCACUAACACACACAUUGGCUGACAGUGGUGUGGACAGUAUGGGCUGCAGAGCAAAGCAGUAGAGCUGUGAGUGUGAGCUUGUUGCUGCCUGCUUUCUCUCUGAUCAGCCCAGUUCUGUCUGUGCCCUUAAACAUGUUUAUCGUCCCUCUGUAACCACACGCCGCCAUCAUCAGCUCUGCUUUCAGUGUGGAGGUGUUUAAUGAGCUGGACCAAGGCUUUUGUUUUCACUUCAUGGUAACAGGAAUUUGUAAGUUUGUCCUGAAGUUAAAAGGCUUUCAUUUCUUAAA